UGGCGGCGGCGGCAGCUCGGGAGUGCUAUGACCGGCAAACUCGCCGAGAAGCUGCCGGUGACCAUGAGCAGUUUGCUAAACCAACUGCCUGACAAUCUGUACCCCGAGGAGAUCCCCAGCGCGCUCAACCUCUUCUCUGGCAGCAGCGACUCGGUAGCCCAUUAUAAUCAGAUGGCUACAGAGAAUGUGAUGGACAUCGGUCUGACCAACGAGAAGCCCAACCCGGAACUCUCUUAUUCGGGCUCCUUCCAGCCAGCCCCCGGCAACAAGACCGUGACCUACUUGGGAAAGUUCGCCUUCGACUCCCCUUCCAACUGGUGUCAGGACAACAUCAUUAGCCUCAUGAGCGCCGGCAUCUUGGGGGUGCCCCCUGCCUCAGGGGCACUCAGCACGCAGACCUCCACGGCCAGCAUGGUGCAGCCGCCACAGGGCGACGUGGAGGCCAUGUACCCGGCGCUGCCCCCCUAUUCUAACUGCAGUGAUCUCUACUCGGAGCCUGUGUCUUUCCACGACCCCCAAGGCAACCCCGGGCUCGCCUAUUCCCCCCAGGAUUACCAAUCGGCCAAGCCGGCCUUGGACAGCAAUCUCUUCCCCAUGAUUCCUGACUACAACCUAUACCACCACCCCAACGACAUGGGCUCCAUUCCGGAGCACAAGCCCUUCCAGGGCAUGGACCCCAUCCGGGUCAACCCGCCCCCCAUUACCCCCCUGGAGACCAUCAAGGCGUUCAAAGACAAGCAGAUCCACCCGGGCUUUGGCAGCCUGCCCCAGCCGCCGCUCACGCUCAAGCCCAUCCGGCCCCGCAAGUAUCCCAACCGACCCAGCAAGACCCCGCUCCACGAGCGGCCCCACGCGUGCCCGGCGGAGGGCUGCGACCGCCGUUUCAGUCGCUCGGACGAGCUGACCCGGCACCUGCGCAUCCACACGGGCCACAAGCCCUUCCAGUGCCGGAUCUGCAUGCGGAGCUUCAGUCGCAGCGACCACCUUACCACUCACAUCCGCACGCAUACGGGCGAGAAGCCCUUUGCCUGCGAGUUUUGUGGGCGCAAGUUUGCGCGCAGCGACGAGCGUAAGCGCCACGCCAAGAUCCACCUCAAGCAAAAGGAGAAGAAGGCGGAGAAGGGGGGUGCGCCCUCUGCGUCCUCGGCGCCCCCCGUGUCCCUGGCCCCUGUGGUCACCACCUGCGCCUGAGGCUCGGGCCCCCAGAUCCCCACUUUUCCCCUGCAGUGUCUCCCAGCUGCUCGCCUGAAAGCAGCGGGGAAAGCUAGCCACGGAGGCGCAGGGGCCGCGCCCUGGCCUCUCCAUGGACGUAAGGUCCCUUGUUCCCCUUCGAUGUCCCCCGUUUCCACCCUUUCACACCGGCCAACGGUCGGGGGCCAGGGCAGGAGGCGCCCUCCCUUCGUUGCCCCCCCUUAACCAAGGCGUGGGGGCGGAAAGGUGGCGUCUAGCCCGCUUUGUUCAGUGCGGAUCGUCUUGAUCCAGGGGUCGCUGGGCCGCGCCAAGGACCUGCGGGGGACUGAAGGCGGGGCCCGCCCAAGCCUCGCCCGACCCAAGCACCUCACGGUUCCCCCCACGUCUCCCUCGGUUCCCCCUCGAAGACCCGAGAGGGGGAGGGGGUAAGGAGCGCACCAAAGCGCAGAGCUUGCUGCCCGCCGCACGCACGCGCGCCUGCGUGCGGGGAUGCGCGCGAGUGUGCGUGCUCGCGUGAGUGUUAUGUGUGUGGGUGUGUGGGUGUGCGCGCGCGCGCACGCGUGUGUGUGCGUGUGUGUGUAUGUGUGUGUGAGACUCUUGAGCUGAACUGGGCUGUGUCCACCCCAAACUCUUCCCUACAUCGGGUCCCCAGGCCGCUGGGGGAAUGUCCCAGGUUGGGGGCCUGCACGUGGCCGGAGGAGACGGUCUUCCAUCUGCUCGGAAAUCAUGUUUCUUACAGAAAUGCCUCAGAUGCCCGCCGUGGGGCUUCUACCGCCGUAUAGGGGUGGCCCCUCAGCACCCCUCCUUUUCCGAGCGCUUCCCUCUCAGGCCUCAGGGCAGUUUGAUCUGCGGGGAGAAGGAGCAGCCAUCACUAAACCUGCCUUGUAACAGAUCUAUGUCCUCAAGCCCCACUUUCCAAAAGCUGUGUUGCUGAGUUCGCUCCUCUGCCCUUUCCCCCCCUCCUCUCCCUUCUCUCUAAAGCCUUCUCCCAUCUCUUUCAAAAUCUUCUUGCAGAAAGGCAGGCCUCAACCAGCCACCUCAUGUCACCAUCUUUCUGUUUUCGCUCACUCAUACCCAUUUCUCCUUCUCCUCAGUGAUGGGAAAGCAGGCUCAUUUUUUCAUCCUUUGUCACUGCCCACACAACAGGUAGAAUUCAAAGCUGUGUAUAUGGUGUGUGUGUGUGUGUGUGUGUGUGUGCGCGUGUGUGUAUAUACACACGCACAUACAUACAUACAUAUACAUAUAUAUAUAACACACAACAUGUUCUCUCAGCAAAAUAAAAUCUCCAAGGCACUUGGCGAUCCAGUGCAGCGCACUGGAGUAAAGAGAAUUUGGAGGUAUAUAAGCUUUAAAUGAUUUAUUUUUUAUGAAAAAUUUAACCAAUGAGAUUAUAUCUACAUAGGUGUGUGUGUGUAUAUAUAUACACAUAUAUAUGUAUGUACGUGUACGUGCACGUGCAUUUACACAUACACACAUCUCUGUCCAAAUUUUCCCUAAAAAUAGGGGUAUUUUUGCAUUCAUCCCUGUUGCUGAAAUGAGGCAUUAUCUUUUCCGCACCCAGCUCUCACUUUCUCCCUGCCCUACCUCACCUCUUCUCAGGCAACCCCCCUCCCUAGCACUUCCUCCCCCCACACACAGGGGUGACUCUUUUGAAAUGGAGUAGUAGGGAAGGUUGCUCUCUGACACAGCUUCCAGCAGUCUUGACUGAAUGUACUGUUCCCUCUUAGCGUUAUUUCUCCUGCGGUCACUAAGCUGCCCAGAGAGAAGGAACAAAGGUCUGGAGUUUACAGAAUGUCUGUUUUUAAAGUCACUUUAUGCGUUUCCCACUUUUUUUUUUUUUUU